AUGUCGUUCAUCAGCGGGGCGUUCCUGAACAGCGAGCUCUCCAGGCCAACCUCCAUCUUUGGGCUGCGGCUUUGGGUUGUGGUUGGGAUCUGCGUGGGCGCCUUCAUCGUCCUCUUCCUCUUCGUCGUUUCCGUCUGCCUCACCUGCCGGUGCCGCAGUGGCUCCCGCCGCCGGAGCCGAAGUCCCUUCUCCCCCAUCAAACGGCACCACCGCCAGGACCCCACACCCCCCAUCUCCAAAGAGAUCCUCGAGAUCUUCCCCCCGCCCCCAGAACGCCGCCCUGCAGCUGCGGCGGCGGCGCCGGCUCCGGCGCCGGCGGAGAUUCAGAUCGAUAUUGGGGGAAAGUCCGACCACCGGGUGGUGUUCUCCGAAGGGGGGAGCCAGAGGCCGUUGGGAGGAUCUGCUGCAACGAGCGGUGGCGAGAGCGGGCGGUCCGAUGGGGCGUCGUCGGUGGCGUCCGCUGGAGGGCGAGGGCCACCGGAGGUGUCGCAUUUGGGGUGGGGGCACUGGUACACGCUGAGGGAGCUGGAAGAGGCGACAGAUGGGCUGGCGGAGGAGAACGUGAUCGGAGAAGGAGGGUACGGCAUCGUCUACAGGGGGGUUCUCGCCGACGGCACCGUGGUCGCCGUGAAGAACCUCCUCAACAACAGGUGGGUAUCCCCCUUCACUCUGCCUCCUCUCCUGCGUUCUCUGAAUUAGUUCUUAUUUGAGAUCCUCUCCUGGAUCUCUUCCUUAUGAUUUGGACGAGCGCUGGUUCUUUGGUCAGAAUGGAGACUCGUGGGAUGGAUUCCGAUCUCCGCCGAGUUCCGCGGUAGACUUGUUUGCUUGUUGAUGGCUGCCCCAUGUUGACUUUGUUUUCUUGUCCUUCACAACGAGUCAAUGCAAGGCAGAUCUCCACCGCUUCACUCGGGUUCUUUGUCGUGAUAUUUCGGACCAAGAUGGCACCUUGAUGCCAAACGCCCCCGAUUUGCGGGCGGAAUGUUCUCCGUUCGGCUUCUGUUUCUUCUCCUAGAUGGGUCACCGAGAACAGAUCUCAAACCAUGGUCGGAAAAUCAUCUACAAACCCUAAUGUUCUGCGAACCAUGGCAGGGGCCAAGCAGAGAAGGACUUCAAGAUGGAAGUCGAGGUGAUCGGGCGCGUCCGGCACAAGAACCUCGUCAGACUGCUUGGGUACUGCGUCGAGGGGGCUUACAGGUGAACCUCCGGUUCUUCAUGGUGGAUAGAUUUUAGUCAACUCUCUGAUAAUCAGCUCGACCCUGGUUCAAGGAUCCUUGUGUACGAGUACGUGGGCAGAGGCAACCUCGAGCAGUGGCUGCACGGAGAUCCGGGGUGCGUUGACCCGCUCCCGUGGGAGACAAGGAUGAACAUCAUCCUCGGGACAGCCAAAGGGUACUCGACAAGUUUGAAUUCUCCUAUCCUCUCGUUGACCUCCGCCUCUCUUCGGAGCGCUGAUCUCCGCCUCCUUCAUGGGCAGCCUGGCCUACCUCCACGAGGGCCUCGAGCCGAAGGUCGUCCACCGGGACGUGAAGGCCAGCAACAUACUCCUCGACGGGCAGUGGAACGCCAAGGUCUCCGACUUCGGGCUCGCCAAGCUGCUCUGCUCUGAGCGCAGCUACGUGACGACCCGCGUUAUGGGGACAUUCGGGUCAGCGCCCUCAUCCUCUUCCUCCUCCUCCACCUUCAACCUUCAAACCUCACGUCCAAUCUCGCCGGCGGCUUCAAUCGUGUUCGUUCCGUGGUCGGCGCAGGUACGUGGCUCCCGAAUACGCCAGCACGGGGAUGCUGACCGAGCGGAGCGACGUCUACAGCUUCGGCGUGCUGGUAAUGGAGAUCGUCUCCGGGAGGGUCCCCGUUGACUACACCAGGCCUCCAGGAGAGGUGGGUCCUCUCCUCGCCUGUUAAUUUUUAGGGUUCCGAUCCCAUCUCCGGCCAUGGCUGGUCCUCUGAACUCAAUUACCUGGUCGUCUGCCUGAAGGUGAACCUGGUGGACUGGCUCAAGGACCUGGUGGGAGACCGCAAGGCCGAGCAGGUGGUGGAUCCGAGGCUUCCGCAGGCGCCGCCGCCCAAGGCCCUGAAGCGGGUCCUCCUGGUGGCGCUCCGCUGCGUUGACCCCGACGCCCAGAAGCGCCCCAAGAUGGGGCACGUGGUCCACAUGCUUGAGAUGGACGAGCUCCUCUCUCGUGACGUACGUUCGGUGAUAUCUUCUUGCCCCGGUGGCUGGGCUCUCUCUCUCUCUCUCUUUCUCUCUCUGUCUCGGUUUCUGUCUCAGAACCGGCGUUUUACUUUCCCGCAGGACGACCGGCGGCAGGCCCCGAAGCAGUCGAGGAGGACACUAGGAAGGACGGGAUGAAGAAGACCAACCCAGGAAGCUCCAGUCAUUCAUUUCUCUGAGGUCCCCUCCCUCUUCUGUGCCAUUAUUUUCCAUUUGCAGUCAUCUCGUCGUGGAGAUCUCUGAAGGCAGCUCCCCUCUGAAUCACUUCUCCUCCUAAGCCACGGGCAGAUCUGAGAUUCACAUGGCGGAAGUAGCCAACUCCGACGUUAAUGCGGAGGGUCCGGGGGAAGUAGCCUCCUACUGCAACACAGCAUGUGGGACUCCCCUGUUCUCCGGGUCGUUGGAGGAGGGUGGUCAUAGUAAUCUGAACCGUUCUGGCCUGCCGUCGACGCACGUGAUCGCACAGCUGUCUCCCGUGGGCGGGCUAAGCUUUUAGUUACGUGGCUCACGGUCGGUUUGCCUCGCAGGAGUCCGGCACGUGAGGUGAGAGAGAGGGUGAAAGAGAAUAGGAUAAAAAUUACACAAGGUUGGUAAGUAAACAAUGAAAAAAUUUAGGGUAUUUCAGGGAGGAUAGGAGGCGCUUGAUGGCGAAUCUCCCGCCUUGUGAGGUUAGAUGGCGAUGAAAGCGGUAGAAGAAGGGGAAAGGCCCGCACGCCUUCUCGGUCAACAUCGCUCUCUCCCCUCGGGUUUACAUCCCGCCGGUGA